AUGACAUCUAUUCGAAAAGUUGUCAUAGCCGAGUUUGGCAACGCGGACGUGGUAAAGGUAGUCGACGAUGUAUGCCCAGACCCGCCAGCUGGUCACGUACAGAUCGCGACAGAAUAUUCCAGCUUCAAUGGCGCCGAUGUCAAUAUGCGCUUGGGGCUCUACCCACUUCAGAAAAAGGCUCCCUUGACGCCAGGAUACUGUCUGGUAGGAACCGUUCGCGCUGUUGGAGAGGGCUGCACGACCUUAAAGCCGGGCGAUGUCGUGACGGUUUUGACCAAAUACGACGCAGAAGCUGAGCUGGUGAAUCAGCCUGAAAAGUACUGCGUCAAGGUGCCCGAUGGCGUCGACCUCAAGCAAGCAGCUGCGCUUCCCUGCGAUUGGAACACGGCAUACGGAAUGGUCAUGCAGGCAGCAAAAGUGACGCAAGGCCAAAAGGUGUUCAUCCACGGCAUGAGUGGUGCGGUCGGUGCAGCAUUGAUGAUCCUUUGCAAGCUGCAAGGAGCCGAGGUAUACGGUACGGCGAGCGGGCGCAACCACGAAGAUAUUCGCAAGUACGGCGCGACGCCCUUUGUCUACACAGACAAGGAGUGGAUUAGCAAGAUGGAAGCACUGGGCGGUGCCGAUGCUGUCUUUGACCCGCUCGGGUUCGAGAGCUUCGACGAGAGUUACUCCAUUCUCAGUCCAAGGGGCAUCCUCGUCGCUUAUGGAAAUAACAAGAACUCUCUUGGCGACGGGGUACAGAGAAACCCAACGCUGCCGAUUGUCAAGCUCUUUGCCCGCAAUCUCAAUUUCUGUGGCAAGCGCACCACUUUCUAUGGCAUCUAUAGAAGUUCGUCGACGUAUAUACCAAACGUUACGGCUCUGCUGGACUUGGUAAAGCAAGGUACCAUUGCUGUUCCUAUCAAGACUGUUUGGGAUAUGGAGGACAUCCAAACUGCACACCGGAGUUGGGGUGGUGGAUCAGGUAUCGGCUGUCAGUUAGUCAAAGUUGGAAAAGCUGCCAAGUAG